AUGAAUGCAGUAUAUUCCACCGGUGUCGUCUCCACUACGGCACGCCGAUUCAGCUUUCCCACGUCAGGCCCGCCAGUCUAUAGGAACCCGCGCGGCGCGGCCAAGCUCGGCGCCCGUGGCAGUCCGUGA